AAAUAAUAGAGGGGUCAUGACUGAGGAAUAAAUAAAUAGUGAUAUUUGCAGGGAUCUUUUGGGGCGUAUUGACAGAGAGAAGAAAAAAGAUAGAGAAAGAGAAUCAUGGAAAUAGAAGGAGAAAGAAAUGUCAAAUAUUUAGGCAUCUAUGUUUAUAAAUAUAUUUCUUAGUUUUAGAUAGAGGCUAUUCAUUUUGUCUUUAUUACCAUAUACUCAUGUUUUCUCUCUAACCUUCUGUCUCUCUACUUGUUUUCUUCCCCCCAAACAAACCCCUUCUUAUCAUCAUCUUCCAAUCCAUUCCUCCAUAAAUCAUCACCUUCUCAAUCACACUCCCCCUGUAAUAAACAAAAUGGUUCUGGGAUGGAGGAGAGCAUUCUGUACAUCAAUACCCAGAGAUCCGGAGUCCAGACAGAAGCGGCAGCAAGAUGAGAAGAACAAACAGAGCAGUAGCUCAACACCUAUUUCUACUCCUAAAAUUGGAACUAAAUUCACCGGCUUCUUCUCGACUCCUUCGACGCCGAGACUGCAGACUCAAACUCAGCCAGUGUCGAGCUCGGGUCUCCGAUGUCGAACCACGACGACGACAACGGCUUCGGCUCCCGAGAGCCCGAAGCUGCAAUGCAAAACGGCUAAAAAUAGUCCUACAUUUUUUCACCGCUCAAAUCCCUCGUCUCCGCGCUCACCCUCCACUUUUUCUCUGCUCAGAUCAACUUUACGUCUUUCCAAAACUCGAUGUGGAAUAUGCUUGCAGAGUGUAAAAACAGGCCAAGGGAUGGCGAUUUUCACGGCGGAAUGUUCGCAUCCGUUUCAUUUCCCUUGCAUUGCCUCUCAUGUGAAGAAGCAGAACCAGCUGGUCUGCCCUGUUUGCAGCUCUACCUGGAAAGAGCUUCCGCUUCUAUCAGUACAUCCAAAUCACACUCAAUCUUCUUUAGUCCAAGACAAAAAGAAAGAAAUCACAGCAAGAAGUGAUUGUAACACCGAAAGGAAGCAAUAUAUGCGCCCUGAUUUGAAAGUUUACAACGACGAUGAGCCGCUCAUGUCGCCUACUUCUGUUGCGAGGUUCAAUCCGAUUCCGGAAUCAGAUGAGAAUGAAGAUGAAGAGAGCGAGGGGACUUAUCAAGAGUUUCAAGGCUUUUUUGUCAACGGCACUACGAGUCCAGUGGUGUCGAAUUACAAGAAUGUUGAAGUAAGGUUAUUGCCCGAGGCUGCUGUGGUGUCGAUAGGCCGGAGCUAUGAGACUUACGCGGUCAUUAUUAAAGUUAAAGCUCCACCGGCGGGUGACAAGGCGGCGCGUAGAGUGCCGAUUGAUUUGGUGACCGUGCUAGAUGUUGGUGCGAGCAUGACAGCUGAGAAGAUGCUGAUGACUAAGCGAGCGAUGAGAUCGGUUGUGUCUUCACUCUCGUCGGCUGAUCGGUUGUCAAUUGUGGCAUUUUCUGGGACUUCGAAGCGGUUGCUACCGCUUCGAAGAAUGACCACCACUGGCCGGAGAUCAGCGCGUCGAAUUAUCGACGCGUUGGCUGUGUUGGAUGGAACUUCAUCUGCGAAUGAUGCUUUGAAGAAGGCUGUGAAGGUUCUAGAUGAUCGCCGUGAGAGGAACACUACGUGUAGUGUAAUGAUUCUAUCCGAUGGUUGCGAUGAUCGGGAGAGAUUUGCCGGGAAUCAUCGCCGGCAGUCGUCGUUCGUGUUCUCCACGCGCUACACUCAGCACAACAUUCCGGUGCAUUCAAUUGGGUUUAACCAAGACGCGCGUGGAAAUUCACCAGAAGCUUUUGCGAAAUGUGUUGGUGGUUUGCUCAGUGUAGUGGUCCAAGAUCUAAAGCUUCAACUCGGGUUCGUAUCCGGUUCAGCACCGGCCGAGAUAGCAGCGGUUUAUUCAUUCACCGCCCGACCCGCUUCGCUCGGGUCGGGUUGUGUGACCAUAGGUGAUGUUUAUGCUGAAGAAGAAAGAGAGCUGCUAGUUGAACUGAAAGUGCCUUCAUCUGCAAUUGGGGCCCACCAUGUACUGUCCGUCCGAUGUUGUUUCAGAGACCCGUCAACUCACGAAACUGUUUACGGUAAAGAGCAAGCUCUGUUAGUUCCCCGUCCUCACGCCGUUAGAUCAUCAACCCCAAGCAUCCAACGGCUCAGAAACCUCUUCCUAUCCACUCGAGCCAUAGCCGAGUCACGCAGAUUAGUCGAGCGCAACGACUUGACCGGCGCGCAUCACAUGCUAGGUUCAGCCAAGGCUUUGUUAUUACAGUCCAGCUCGGCGGAAGCCGAGGAGUUUAUCCGAGGCUUGGAAGCCGAGCUAGCUGAAGUAAACCGGAGACGUCAGAUUCAAAAUCAACGGUCAGCAACGGUGGUGAACGGAAGAGAAUUCGCGUUUGUUGAUGAGAAAGGUGAGCCGUUGACGCCGACAUCGGCUUGGAGAGCGGCUGAGAAGCUGGCUAAAGUGGCCAUAAUGAGAAAGUCGUUGAAUAGAGUCAGCGACUUACACGGCUUUGAAGACGCCAGAUUUUAGGUCAUAUCAUAUGCCAGUACAGUAAAAACAUUAUUAUAGGCCAGUAGGAAAAUUGUACGGUGGUAUAUAAAAAAAACGAGAAAAAGUUCAAAGACGAAAAGUGGGGCCCAAAGCGAGUGUAAUAGCGACAAACGGUACCCGACGGGUCCGGGCUUUUACGCAGAGGGAAUGAAACAAGAUGGAAAUAAUAAUAGUGGCAAGAGAAAGAACCCAAAGUUGGGUAGUGAGUGGGGUUUAGAAGAAAAGAAGGCGAUAAAAUUUGUUAUAUUUUGUUCAAUUCCGAUAUGUAUUUAUAUGGUCAAGUUGUAGUCAAGAUGUUCAGUAGAAUGGGAGACUUAAUUAUUAUUAUGAAUAAAGCAAUGUGAAACAAAAGGAUUGAAAAAAUGAUGAUAAUGUUGUGAGGAAAGUAUCUAAUGGAUAUUUUUUUAUUA